AUGGACGGUGACCGGAGCGAGGUGCAGCGGCUGUACGACGCGUGCGGCGCCGUGUUCUCGCCGUGGAGGGGCGGAGGGCUCCCGACGCUCACGCAGAUCAGGUGGCUGCAGGUGCAGGACAUCCUCGACGGGAUGAAGGCGGCCGACGUCGGGAUCGACGCCGGCGGCGGAGAUGGCGAGAGGUCCUCCUCCUCUUCGGGCGGCGAGAGGAGCCCGCGGGGGCGGCGGUUUCUCUCGGCGCGGGCGUUCACGCGGAUCACCUACGUGCACAUCCACGAGUGCGACGAUUUCUCGAUAGGCGUGUUCUGCUUCCCGGCGGGCGCGACGCUGCCGCUGCACGACCACCCGCAGAUGGCGGUGCUGAGCAAGCUGCUCUACGGCUCCAUGCGCGUCAGCUCGUACGACUGGGUCACCGCGCCGUGCUCCGGCCCAAGAAAGGGCGGUUUAGCCAAGGUGGUGGCGGUGGACGAGCUCCGGGAGGCGCCGUGCAAGGCGUCGGUGCUGUUCCCCCGGAGCGGCGGCAACAUCCACGCCCUCACUGCCGUCACGCCGUGCGCUCUCCUCGACGUGCUCGCGCCGCCGUACGCGGAGGACCUUGGGCGCCCGUCCACCUAUUUCUGCGACACCCCUAUUCCUGCUCUCCCAGGUUUUGCAGUACUGAAAGAGGCACGCCUGCCUGAGGAUUUUCGUGUUGUAGGCGCCCCAUAUGUAGGGCCCGAGCUCGCGGUAGAUAUGGACUUGUCUGAUGAUGUCUAG